AUGGCGUUACGUUGUCAAUUUGAAAACUCGUCCGAAAUUGGCGUGUUUGCCAGGCUAACGAACUGGUACUGCCUUGUGGCCGUUGGUGGGUCUGCCAACUUUUACACCACGUUCGAAAUUGAGUUGGCCGACCUGAUGCCAGUUGUUCACUGCACCAUUGCAGGCACACGGCUCGUCGGCCGCUUGACGGUUGGUAACCGACACGGUCUCCUUGUUCCCAUGACGACAACCGACCAGGAACUACAACACUUGCGGAAUAGUUUGCCGGACAAGGUGGCUAUCCAGCGCGUGGAAGAGCGCUUGAGUGCCUUGGGCAAUGUGAUUGCAUGUAAUGACUAUGUGGCCAUUGUACACCCGGAUCUGGAUCGUGAGACAGAGGAGAUCAUUGCGGACGUACUAAAAGUGGAAGUGUUCCGACAAACAGUGGGUGAUAAUGUGCUGGUCGGCUCGUAUGCGACCAUGUCGAACCAAGGCGCACUUGUGCAUCCCAAGACCUCGUUGCAAGACCAGGACGAAUUGUCAUCGCUGUUGCAAGUACCGCUCGUUGCAGGCACGGUGAACCGGGGAUCAGAUCUGAUCGGUGCAGGAUUGCUGGUGAAUGACUGGGUGGCGUUUGUUGGCCUCGAUACCACAGCUACAGAAGUGAGCGUCAUUGAGUCGACGUUCCGCUUGCAGAACCAAGAAGCUGGCGCUGUUGUGGACCAGCUGCGCGAUGCGUUGGUCGAUUCGUAUGCAUGA